AUGGCUGACCAAAACGGUGUAUUCAUGAGAAUGGACCUGCGUUGCCAGGUGAACAACCAUGCCCAUCGUACAGGGGAAAUGGACCUGGAAAGGCUGCUGGUUCGUAGGGGGCAGCCCUUCUCCCUCGCUCUGCAGUGCUUCACACCCCUGCCCCCUAACCACAAACUAGCCAUGAUCCUGCAUCUGGGUAAGGAGAGUGAGGUGGUGGUGAAGGUUUUGGAUGCCCGUGCUGGCCGUGACAAGUGGUGGUUCCGCCAGCAGAGGGCUCAGAAUGAGGUGCUGCUGACGGUCCACAGCCCAGCUGACACCCCUGUGGGAAUCUACAGCGUGACAUUGCUGCUCCUCUCCCCUGAUGGACACAUCCUGGAGCAGACCACACCAGAGACCUUCUACCUGCUCUUCAAUCCCUGGUGCAAAGCUGACUCUGUGUACCUCCCUGAUGAGGAGCUGCUAGAGGAAUACAUCCUGAAUGAAAAUGGCCUCCUUUACCAGGGCUCCUGGGACCAGAUCUCCUCACUGCCCUGGAACUUUGGACAGUUUGAACAAGAUGUGGUGGAUAUCUGUUUUGAAAUCCUGAACAAUUCACCUGCUGCACUGAAAAACCCAGAGAUUGACACAGCAAACCGAGCAGAUCCAGUGUAUGUGAGCAGGACAAUUACUGCAAUGGUGAAUGCUAAUGAUGACCGUGGCGUGGUGUUGGGUCGCUGGGACGGGAAGUAUGACGAUGGGGUGUCGCCCACACGCUGGACUGGCAGUGUGGCCAUCCUCAGGCGAUGGCGCGAGGCCGGGGCACAGAGGGUGCGAUACGGACAGUGCUGGGUGUUCUCAGGUGUAGCCUGCACAGUUCUUCGCUGUCUGGGCAUACCUACUCGCCCUGUUACAAACUACUCCUCUGCCCAUGACACUGACGGCAACCUGAAUGUGGACUAUCUGUACGAUGAGCAGCUGGAGAGUGUGUCUGAAGGCAGGAAGGACAUGAUCUGGAACUACCAUUGCUGGGUGGAGUCCUGGAUGGACAGGGAGGAUCUUCCUAAAGGCUAUGAUGGGUGGCAGGCUCUGGAUCCCACCCCACAGGAGAGGAGUGAUGGGGUGUACUGUUGUGGGCCCUGUCCAGUCAAGGCGGUGAGGGACGGUGAUGUGGGGAUGAAGUAUGAUGCAGCCUUCGUGUUUUCUGAGGUGAACGCAGACCUGGUCACCUGGAUCGUCUACCCAGAUGGCCAACGCUCACAGGUUUCCCUCAACCAGAAAACUGUGGGCCGAAACAUCAGCACCAAGAGUGUGUAUGGAGACUACAGAGAGGACAUCACUAAACAUUACAAAUACCCUGAAGGUUCAGGGAAGGAGCGUGAGGUGUAUGAGAAGGCAGGACGUCGGAUAACGCAGCUGAAUGGGGCACCUUGGCAGCUGGAGCUGAAGAUCAAACAUGCCCAGGCCAUCCUGGGGACAGACUUUGAUGUGAUAGUGGAGGUGCACAACGUGGGUGGUGAGGACACCCCGGCCCAGCUCACUGUGACCUCCAACGCAGUCACCUACAACAGCCUUCACAGGGGGGAGUGCCAGAGGAGGACUGCCAGCAUGACCGUGCCAGCCCAGAAAGCUCAUAAGGAAGUGAUGCGUCUACGGUACGAUCACUAUGGGGCCUGUGUGUCUGAGCAUAACCUGAUCAGGGUCACAGCACUGCUCCAGGCCAGCAGCCAGCCCGAUGUCAUUCUGCAAGAGGUCAACAUCCCACUAAGCAUGCCACAGCUCCAUGUCAAGGUAGUGGGAGAUGCAGUUGUAUCUCGGAAAUUAAUUGCACACAUCAGCUUCACCAAUCCCCUGCCUAUCACCCUGAGAGGGGGAGUGUUCACAGUGGAGGGGGCAGGUCUGACUGCACCACGGGAGCUCCAAGCACCAGGCAACAUUGGCCCAGGUGAAGAUGUGAAGGUCAAGUUGUCCUUCAAGCCCACCCGUGCUGGCCUGAGAAAACUGAUGGUUGACUUUGAUGCAGACAGACUGAGGGAUGUUAAGGGGAUUGCCACUUUGAUUGUGCGAGACAGAUUAGCUGUGAAUUAA